AUGCUCCGCCGCCCUUUAACAGUCCUCGCCAUCACAGCCGAGGACAUAGCCUCCUACGAAGACCGCGCCCACGAGCGGCAAAAGGCUCGCGAGAUCGCUGCUCGCACGCAAGCUCGUCAGGAUGCUAUGAGACGGGGUCAUGGUCACCACCCCCAGCAACAUCAACAGCAUCACCAGCAACAACCACAGCAGCCUACUGCAGGAGCGAGGAUUUUUGGGAGGGAACAACAUCCUGGUGUUGGGAAUGUUGCGGCUAGUGGUGGAUUAGGGUUUGGGCACGGUCACGGUCAUGGUGGUGGUGCGAGGAUAAGCGAACAGUACAUGGGUACUGGCACCGGCACUGGCAACGGCGACGACGGUGACGAGGAAGAAAGUGAAGAAGAAGAUGAAGAUGAUGCCGGAGACGAAAGUUAUUAUGCCCAGCGCCAUGCGCAAAGACAGGCGAGGAUGAUGGAGCAGCAAAGGGAGGCGGCGCAGAGAGUACAAGCUCAGCAACAACGACUUGCGCAGCAGCAGCAGCAGCAACAUGGUCAGGGUCAGGGUCAGGGUCAGGGGCAGGGUCAGGUGAGAGAGAGGACUACGACCACAACAACAACAACCACAACAGCUGGUCGAAGGGGCGGUGCCGGUACUUCCACCAGAGCAGCAGCACCAGCUAUGACAGCUACGACAGCUACGACAACUGCUGCUGGAGGGAGACAACCACGCGGUGGCCAUCAAUCACGCGCCGCAGCGGCAGCGGCAGCGGCAGUUACUCCCACUGGACCUACCGGACCUGCGAUGACAACACCAGCAGCAGGAGGAGGAGGCGGAGGAAGAAGAGGGCUACGCGGACCCACAACAACGACGCGUGCAGGACAACAACAAACCCCAUCUGCCACAGCCAUAGGAGGACAAUUCGACGGCGGAUCAGAUCAGCGCACUCAAGAAACAGAAGUAAACUCCUCAGAAGAAGAAACCCAGCGCCUGGACCGAGUCCAAGUCCCAGGGGCAGGGGCAAGGGGGUACACUUACUCUGGAGAAAUGGAUCUCGACAUUAACACGCACAUCCCGCUUAUUCCGUCCCCCUCUGACGAUAACGACACGGUUGUUAAUUAUGGUGGUAUCGACAACGGCAGCAACGACAGAAAUGGUGAUAGAGAAAGAGGAAGAGACAACAACAUAAGAGGAAUGGAAAUUCUUGUUCCACCCUACCACCUCCAAAGCUACGGCUACGGCUUGCAAGUGGAAAGUCAUGAGAUUCAGUUCCAUACUCCGCCUGUUGCUAGUCAAUCUGGGAAUCAGGUCGUUGGGACGCCUGUUAAUCAGGUGCAUUAUUCGCAAGUUUCUCAAUCUCAACCUUCCCAACUCUCUCAGCACACUCAGCACAGUCACGCAACAACACACCAUAACCAACAACCCCACCCCUCUCAACCUCAACACCCUCCUCACAAUGCACGAACAACCAACAACACCAACCGCCGCCAAUCCCAAUCCCAAAAUAUCCCCCCACCAGCACCAACCCCUCCCGUCCCUCGCACAGCAACCCCCAACCCCCACCGUACUCCCCGUGCUCCGACAACGACAACCACCCCCCAACCAAACCAACCAGUGGCACAAACAACAGCAACAACACCAGCCCAGCGCGCCUUACUUCAAGCCCAACAGCGUGCACAAGCAACCCAGCAAGCCUCCGCUAUCCGCGCCCAACGAAGAAGAAUGGCUAUGGAAGCGGAUGAGCAGGAGGGGUUAUAUGCUAGGUUGACUAGGGGACAUGCGAGUUUGAGUGUGGCUAGUACUGCUGUGCCUGCUGGGUCGGGGCCGAGGGUUGGUGCCGGUGGUGCCGGUGCUGGUGCUGCUGUAACGCCUGAGGGACAGGUUAGUGGUGGAGCAGGUGCUGGAGCAGGAGGAGGAGGAGGAGGUGCUGGUGGUCCUGGAGGGGGAGGGAGGACUGCGGCGCAUGGGAGACGGAGGGGUUAG